AUGUCUCCGAUCCAAGAGCGUGCGUCCAAGCAUAAGUUCAACAUCCAUGAUGCACGACCUAUCUUUCAACGUGAGCUUGGACAAAUUCAGCAGUUCACGACAGCUGAGCUUCCUCUGCUAAAGAAUCUCUCCCUUCAACGCAUCGAAAUCGAAGCUGGAGCCGUGCUUGAACCGAAAUGGUUCGUCAACUGCAAUGUCCUUGGCUAUGUGCUCCACGGAGAGACUCUCAUAUCCGUGUUAGACAGUGCUUCGGGAAUGGCGAGCUUCACAUGCAAUCCAGGACAGAUGUUCCACAUCAAGUCUGGAGCACUCUUCCACGUGGAAAAUAUCGUUAAUGAGCAAGUCGUCAUCCUUCUUGCCAUGCGCCACGAGCAUCCUAAAGACUUUACUAUUAGUGCUUCCGCAGGAGCGUUCACAGAUUCAGUGCUUGGCAAUUCUUGGGGUUUCGACGCUUCUGUAUUCAAAAAGGUACCACGCUCUACUUGCCCGAAGGUCUUCGUCAAGCGUCAAGGCAAGCCAGCGAUCCCUACCAACGCCAAGUGGCCUACACCAUAUCGCUUUGACGUGGAGGAAAUGCAAGCACCUACCUUCGCCCCAGGUGUGGGAUCUGCCAAGAAGGCGCGGUCACAGUACUGGAAUGUUCUCACCAAUAUAGCAAUGUACAGCCUGCGCAUUGAGGACGAAGGUAUGCGUGAACCGCACUGGCAUCCAGAGACUGUCGAGAUGGGCUACAUCCACCAAGGGCAGGCACGGAUGUCCAUCAUGGACCCAGACGGUUCGGUUGACACAUUUAUCUUGCGGACCGGCGAUGUUUAUUUUAUCCCAGCCAGCCAUCCGCAUCAAAUCGAGGUCAUUAGCGAAAAGGAUAUUCAUUUUCUAAUCUUUUUUGAUCAACCCAUGCCAAAAGACGUUGGCUUCAGGCAAGCUGGUGCAGUUAUGGGUCGCGAUGUCCUUGCUGCAGCAUUUGGUGUGGACUGCAAUGACUUCCCAGAAUUCCCAUGGGAUCUUGAGGACCCUUUACUGGUCGCCAAGAAAAACCCUGUCGAUCCUAUCGUUUAA